CCACCUAAGAACUGAUACGUGGAAUGCCGAAUUUCGGCACUUGGCAACCUCACACGUCUCCCGGUUAUCCACGUUGCAUGACAACAGCCCCCGUCGCCUCCUUUAAAUUCACAGCCCCCAUAGUCCAACUCCAUCAUCGUCUUCUUCUUCCAUCUCUGAAAAUAGUAUAAUCUGUUGCUUUACUUUUAACCCCAUAUUACAUCAAUGGCUUCCAAGGAAGUUCCGGUUUGGUUUCUCAUUCUGUCAACACUCCUAAUCGGCACCGCUGUCGUGUGGUGCACGAGCGUCGGCCACACGCCGUCGACGGAUGACGACGCUAAAGACUACUUGAAGAUGAAAGCCAAGACGGAGGAGGCCACGGAUGAGAUCGACAGGCAAACACAACAAGCCAAGGAUGAGCUCAAGAGCAGGACACAAAAGGCCACCGAUAAAGCAUCGGAUAUCGGAGAAGAAGCCAAGGAGUCGACUGAAUCGUGGACAGGAUGGGUUAAAGGCAAGAUACCGGAAGGUCUCGGGUUCAAACAAGGCGAAAGUGCUCAGAGGGAGGAAGAAGCGAAGGACAAGGCGGCGGAUGAGGCCGAGAAGAGGAAUGCUCAGACGGAGGAGGGACUCUCGUGGGCGGCUGCGGCCAAAAACAAAGCCGGAGAGACCAUGGAGGCGGCCAAGGAGUCGAUAGCUUCGAGUUACGAAUCUGCUAAGCAGAAGUCGCAAGGGAUGAAAGAUAGUUCUGUUGACAGCGGAGGGCGUGAACGUGACGAGGAGCUCUGAUGUGCCUGCCGCAACGACGAUGCCACGAAGUUGAAGGACUAUAUGACGUGAUGUAUAAACUAAACCUGUUGGCUUGUGUUUUAAUUUUGUACCUUUCUCUUAAUAAUAAUAAUACUUCAAAUAUUUUAG